AUGUUCUGUUCAGCUGCCCUCCUGAUGCUCCUGGCCACAGUUCUUCCCCUGCUGGGAUUACCAGUUGCUGUAGAAUCCCAACCUGGACAAAGUCAGGCUGGAGGGGAAUCUGGGCAGCAACUGGACCAAGGGAGUGGAGCAAGGGAAUCAGUCCUGGUCUCUGUCUAUGUGCACCUGGGCUUUUCAGACAAGACCUGGCCACCAGCACUCUUCAGGACCUUGACGCUCCCCGCUGCCUUGACUUCCCCGAGAACUCUCACUGGCCUUGGCCUCACGACAGAGUGUAAUAUCAGCCAUGAGGGCCAUGUCCAUUGUGCUUGCUUCUCUGGGUACCAGUGGAAUGCCAGUGUCUGCUCCCAUCACCGUCCUUGCCAGCCCCCCAAAGACCACAAGCCUUGUGGCUGUCUUGUCUUCAGCCAUCCUGAGCCUGGGUACUGCCAAUUGCUGCCACCUGGUGAGGAGGGCUGGGAAGGAAAUGCUCUGGUCCCCUUCUCCUGCCUCCCUGUAGUUCCUGGGACCCUGAGCCUAAACUCCCAGUUGCACAUGCCUGGUGACACACUGAACCUGACUCUCCUCAUGAACUGGAAGGUCACCAAUCUGAGCUGGUUUCUGCGGCGCCUGGGGAGCCCCAGACCCAUCCUCCUGCAGCAAGGGGAACAGGUGUCCCUGACCUCCAGCCAGGGCCAGGCUGCUAUCAGCAUCUCCAACAUGUCUCAACACUGGGCAGGUGAGUACACGAGCAGCUUUGAGGCCCAGGGAUUCAGUUGGGAGCUGCACCAGGUGGUGAGCGUGCUCCUGAUGGCAGCAGACGUGGCUCAACUUCCAGACCAGCUCUCUGUCUCUUGUGCCACCUUCCACGGCUUCCAGCUGAGCUGCUGCCUCCCCAGCAUGAACCUGGCCUACACAGCUGCCUGGAGCCCCGCAGAGGGCAGCGAAGCUUUCUUGCUCAACAGGUCAGACUCUCAGUGCUUCGUGCUGGCUCAGCACUGCCCAGCAGCUGAUACCACAUACACUUGUGACCUACAGAGCCCAGGCCUGGCUCCUCUCAGGGUUCCCAUCUUUGUCACCAUCAUCCGGGAUGGAGACACCACCUGUCCUGAGGACUCCUCAGCUGUUACCUGGAACGUCACCAAGGCUGGCCACGUGGCACAGGCUCCAUGUCCUGUGAACAAGAGGGGUGUGGUGAAGAGGCCCUGUGGGGCUGAUGGGGUCUGGGGGCCCAUCAACAACAGCUGCACAGAUGUGGGGCUCCUGGCCUUGUUGGCUAGAGCCAGGCUGCUAUGGUCAGGCCAGGGAAGGCCUGUUGAGGAGGUGCCACAGAUCCUGGCACAGCUGCCAGAGCAGGUGGAGGUGGCAAGUUCACCCUCUGAUUUAUUGGCACUGCUGGAGACCAUGAAAGUCCUGGUCAAAGUGGUGGAAGAAGCCAGAAUACAACUUAACCACAGUGCUCUGGAGGCUCUCCUGACAACCACAGACAAGGUUCUAGACAUGGACACCAGUUCUCUGUGGACUCUGGCCCAGGCCCAGGAGUGCUUGGCAGGCUCAAAUCUCCUGCUGACUGUGGAGACCCUGGCACGCAGCUUGUGUCCACAGGAUCACCCCUUCUCCUUCAGCUUGCCCAAUGUGCUGCUACAGACCCAGCUCCUCAGACCCACACUUCCUGCAGACUACAGAAUCUCCUUCUCCACUCAGCCCCUGCUUCAGGCAUGGAUUUUCAGGCACUCACUGGCCCCACUGGUCCAUAAUGGAACCAACAUCAGUAUUACUAGCCUGGUCAUGCAAAAACUGGACCACUUUCUCCCCUCAAACUAUGGACAGGGGCUGGGGGACUCCCCCUAUACCACUCCUGGUCUGGUCCUUGCCAUCUCCAUCAUGGCAGAUGGCCAGGUCUUUAACCAGGGAAAGUUCAUCAUGGACUUUGGGAACACAGAUGGUACCCCUCUCUGUGUCUUCUGGGAUCAAAGUCUCUUCCAGGGCCAGGGUGGUUGGUCCAAUGAAGGGUGCGAGGCACAGGCAGCCAGUGCCAGCCCCAACACUUGCUGCAUCUGUCACCACCUCACUGCCUUCUCCAUCCUCAUGUCCCGACACACUGUUCUGGGAGAACCUGCCCUGGUGCUGCUGAGUCAGGUGGGCUUGGGGUCUUCCAUACUGGCACUGCUAGUGUGCCUGGGCGUGUACAGGCUGGUGUGGAGAGUUGUGGUUCGGAACAAAGUUGCCUACUUCCGCCACACUGCCCUGCUCAAUGUGGUACUCUGCUUGCUGGCUGCAGACAUCUGCUUCCUGGGAGCCCUGCUACUUCCUCCAGGACCCCACAGCCCACUCUGCCUUGCCACCGCCUUCCUCUGCCAUUUCCUCUACCUGGCCACCUUUUUCUGGAUGCUGGCACAGGCCUUGGUAUUGGCCCACCAGCUGCUCUUUGUCUUCCAUCAGCUGUCCAUGCACCGAGUACUCCCCCUGAUGGCAGUCCUUGGCUACCUGUGCCCACUGGGGUUUGCAGGUGUCACCCUGGACCUCUUCCUACCUCGAAGGCAAUACCUGAGGGAGGGAGCAUGCUGGUUGGAUGGGAAGGGAGGGGCGCUAUACACCUUUGUGGGGCCAGUGCUGGCAAUUGUGGGGGUGAAUGGGUUGGUACUAGCCUUGGCUGUGCUGAAGUUGCUGAGACCUUCGUUAUCAGCGGGGCCCCCGGUGGAGAAACGCCAGGCUCUUCUGGGGGUGAUCAAAGCCCUGCUUGUCCUCACACCCAUCUUUGGCCUCACUUGGGGGCUGGGCCUGGACACUCUGUUAGAGAAAGUCUCGAAAGUCCUUCAUUACAUCUUCACAGUUCUCAACACCUCCCAGGGUGUCUUCAUCUUGUUGUUCGGUUGCCUCAUGGACAAGAAGGUACAAGAGGCUUUACGCAAAUGCUUCUGCCUCACCCAACCCCGCAACUCCACCAUCUCCCUGGCUACAAAUGAACACAGCAAAGGGGGAAGUGAGGACACCAGGUGA